AUGGAUUUACUAUUGGCAAAAGCAAUUUGCAUUUUUGCAUUUCUAUCAGUUGCAACAGGGGGAUGUGCAAUUCCUUAUAUAUUAGGAUUAUUUGGAAAGAGAAAUAGAAAUAAAUAUGAAAUCAAAGUGAAAAAUAUUUUAUCAAAUUUAAAUUGUUUUGGAGCGGGAUUUAUUUUUUCAAUCGUUAUGUUUCAUUUGCUCCCAGAAACAAUUAUUAUUGCAAGUUCCCAUAAAGACAUUACCAUAUUUAAGACCCAUGAUCCUGAAAUAAAAACCCUAUUUAUAUUUUUUUUUGUUUUUCUGGGUUUUUGCAUGCAACUAGCUUUAGAAUAUGUUUUACCCACCGAUACCAGUCUUUGCUGUGUUGACCAUGGUGCCGUCAAAUUUACCGAUGGCAAUGAUCAUAUCCUAAAUGUCGAGAAUCAUACCAUAGAAAAUCCUAACACCGAGAUACAUAACGUGCCUAUGAACACAGAUGCAUAUUAUCACACGCACGGAGCUGAUCACUCUAACCACAAAAGUCGAUUGACUAAAUUUUUAGAUGUAUUAGCAUUGCAAUCGUUUUUUUUAACGAUAUCCUUGGCUAUACACUCUGGAAUUGAAGGAAUGAUUGUCGGGACGUCUGAUGAUUCCCAUUUUGUUUUUAUAACGACAUUUUGCAUUCUGUCACACAAGUGGAUAGCCGGAGUUACUGUUUCACUUUCCUUAAACAGGAAUCACAUUAGCAAAAAUCUCAAGAUAAUUUUACUUCUUAUUUUUAUUUUUUCAUCACCACUUGGAAUAAUUGUGGGGCAUUUAGUACAUUCGUCAGGCGAAAAAAUUACAUGUCUAAUAAAUGCGGUAUCUAUAGGGACCCUACUUUUUAUUGGUUGCGAGAUCCUUCUCAACGAAAUGCAAAUGAGGUAUCCGAGAAAAGUUCGGUUUUCUAAGUGGCUUAGCUUUUGCUCAUCAUGUUUAAUUGCAUUUUCAAUCAUCUAUGGUACAUCAUAUAUUGCUCCACAUCAUCGAGCACAUGAAUUAAAAAUGCACUGA